GAGGGCUCCCCGGGACUUGCCCGACUUUUUCGUCUCCUCCCACCUAGGGACACCUUCGCAGCCGGGACGCGGAUGGAACGGCGGCGGCGGAGCCAGAGAGCAUGCGCGUCCAACCCGAGCAUGCUCAGUAGCUCGCGCGGCUCCCCGGAGCUGCGGCGCCGAUCGGCGAGCGACGCGGAGGUCUCGGCGGUAGCCGAGGGAGCGACAGGAAGUGAAGCGGCCCCGCCGGGCGACCGCGGCGGCGGAACCCGGGGCGGCGGAAGGGGCUCUGCGGCGACGACGUCGUCGACCGGGGGAGAGGCCGAAGGAGCUGAGCGCCGAGGGGACACGCCCGCUCGGAAGCCGGACCCCGAGGCGGGCAGGAUGGAUCACCACCAGCUGGGGACUGGCCGCUACCAGGUGCUUCACAAUGAAGAUGAUAAUUCAGAAUCAUCUGCUGUAGAGCAACCAUCAACUUCUAACUCCACAGCACAGACCACGGAAGCUGCUUCUUCAGCCCCAGCCCUGGAAACCGACUCUUCGCCUCCACCAUACAGUAGUAUUACCGUGGAAGUACCGACCACUUCAGAUACUGAAGUUUACAGUGAGUUUUACCCUGUGCCACCUCCGUACAGCGUUGCUACCUCUCUUCCCACAUACGAUGAAGCUGAAAAGGCUAAAGCUGCUGCCAUGGCAGCUGCAGCAGCGGAAGCACCUCAAAGAAACCAGGAGGAAGAGUGUACACCAAGAGAUGACUUCAGUGAUGUAGACCAGCUUAGAGUAGGCAAUGAUGGCAUUUUCAUGCUGGCGUUUUUCAUGGCAUUCAUUUUCAACUGGCUUGGAUUCUGCUUAUCCUUCUGUAUCACCAACACCAUAGCUGGAAGGUAUGGUGCUAUCUGUGGAUUUGGCCUUUCUCUGAUCAAAUGGAUCCUUAUUGUUAGGUUUUCCGACUAUUUUACUGGCUAUUUCAAUGGACAGUAUUGGCUUUGGUGGAUAUUUCUUGUACUUGUGCUGUUGUAUUUGAAAAAGACAAGACAAACAAACAAACAAACCAGCGUUUUUGUUUUUGGCCUGCAUCUGGAAAGGGAAUGAGGGGAGAGUUCCUAGAGAGGAAGUCACAAAUGGAGAGAGCUGAGUAUAAGAGCAGGCGGGACUAGGUUUGAUUGAAACUUCCUGCCUCCCUUUCCUUACCACGUAUAUGUUUCUUCUCUCCAGUCUGUUACACAUGUGCUCCUCUGCAGUGCCCUGAUUACUGUCUGAGAAUUGGGUAAAUUUGUUUUGGAUUUGAUUUCCAAUGGGCAAGCACUUUUCUUCCUUCCUAGUGAAGGCGGUCACGUGCAUCUAUGCCUUCUGCUUUUGUUCUCCCCACAGCUUCUGGUGACAAAUUUACUGGAGUUAGGUGCUUUCCAGAAAACAGUAUAUGUGAAUAUUUAGAGGCUGGUAUGAAUAAUGUUAAUGCUUCUACACUAUUUAAUACAUUCUGUAUCUGAAACUCAGAAGCAUUUCACAGACAUUUUUAGUGAAGUAAGUGGGUAAUAUAUAAAGUAGCAUUUUGAUUAGCAAGCCACCUCAGCUGUCCAAUCACAGAAAUCACUGGAGUGGCUUGUCUCAGUUUUUAUUAUUAGACUCAUAUUAGUUAAAAAUAAAAACUUAAAAACAUACCCAUCUUUGUGUGCAGUUUCACAAGUUUAGGCACUUUAUAUUGUGAGAAGACAGGCUUGUUUUUUACCUGCACUCAUUUUGUCUGGAAAGUUUAAAAAUAGACAUCUUCAUUUGCUUAGUAGUUAGAGUCAUCGGAAAGGUUCAUAAAAGGAAAGACUAAAGGGUAAACUGUGUCUCAACACUACAACUUCCCAACAAGAUUCUUUUAAAUUUUCUGUUUUUAUUUUGUUUAAAGCUUUGUUUUGAUUGGUCUUUGGUUUUUCUUUUAAAUUUGUUUUUUUCUUUUAAGAUUUAUUUAUUUAUUAUGUAUACAACAUUCUGCCUCCAUGUAUGUCCACACACCAGAGGAGGGUGCCAGAUCUCAUGACAGAUGGUUGUGAGCCACCAUGUGGUUGCUGGGAAUUGAACUCAGGACCUUUGGAAGGGCAGCCAGUGCUCUUAACCACUGAGCCAUCUCUCCAGCCCUAAAUUUGGUUUUGAUUGGGUGGUGGUUGCAAGGGCAGAGGGCAGAUGGGAGGAAUUGGGGAGAUGAAUGGGACCAGAAAGGAAGCUAAGUGAAGCAUUAGUCAAAUCAGUGUUGAUCAGUAAAAACCAGGGAGAUAGAUAUGGGCUGGAACCUGAAAGAUGAAAGACUGGGAACAGCUGUCAGUUGCUUCCUUCCUCUCUUAUUCCUCUGUCCAAAAGGGGUGAGAUCCUGUCUAUCCUGCCUCAUUCCUUCCUGUCUCCACCUCCCGAGUGCUGGGAUUAAAGACGUUUGCCACCACCGCCCGGGCUUCUAUGGUUAACUAAUGGCUAGCUCCACCCUCUGAUGUCCAUCCAGGCAAGCUUUAUUUGUCAGAACACAAGCAAAAAUAUCACACAACAUAUGUGAAAUCCACAAAGAAUAAGUUUUUGUAUUUUUUUAAAAGUAAGAUUUCUAGGACUGGGCUUAUUUUAAAAUACAUUAACUUUGCUACUUAGCACCGUCAUUGCUUGUAUAUUUCUAUGUGACUUUGGAUUUUUAUAGCUUACCCUGCUUUAAUUUUGUUAUAGUUAUGAUUAAGAAAUUGAAAGAAUUGGAAAAUGUCAAUAAAGUGUUAUUAUAUUUUAUCAUGAUGGAGUUAUCAUUAUAGUUUAAGAUAGAAUGAACGGGAUUCUGCAAAUUUACUUCCUUGAACAGAAGAAAUCAUGUUUAUAAUUGUCUAUUGUCUGUGUGCUCCCCUUAUGUUAAGAACAUAUCUGUUAUUCCAAUCU